GCGAUAUUCAGUCUGACUCAGACACGCUCAGACACUUGUUGAACUGGCCAUCGUGCGCACGUUUUCGGCGAGAACCGGUCUUUCGAGUAUUUUCAGAUAUUUCAUCCAUUUAUUGCCAAGUUUUUUGAUAUUAUUCCCGCGAUUUUAAUCUCAGCAUGGCUGGAAAUUUAGCUCUUCUAAGUGUCUCUGACAAAACGAACCUCCUCCCCUUCGCCAAGAAGCUCCACGAAUUUGGAUUGACGCUAGUAGCCUCAGGAGGAACAGCGAAAUCCUUGAGAGAAGCUGGUCUUCCUGUAAAAGAUGUUUCCGACAUCACUGGAGCUCCAGAAAUGUUGGGCGGACGAGUCAAAACUCUCCAUCCAGCAGUUCACGCUGGUAUCUUGGCGAGACUCUCUGACUCUGACAAAGCAGACAUGAACCGUCAGCAGUUCGACUACAUUCGCGUCGUCGUCUGCAACCUCUACCCCUUCGUCAAGACCGUCAGCAAGCCCGACGUUACAAUCGAUGAUGCAGUCGAGAAUAUUGACAUCGGCGGAGUGACAUUAUUGAGAGCUGCCGGCAAGAAUCACGCCAGGGUCACGGUUAUCUGUGACCCCAAUGAUUAUGAAAAGGUCAUCGGUGAAAUGGAAUUAUCUGCUGAGAAAGAUACCUCCCCAGAAACGAGACAAGUACUGGCCCUGAAGGCCUUCACCCACACAGCGCAGUACGACGACGCGAUUUCGGACUACUUCCGCAAGCAGUACAGCUCCGGAGUGUCCCAGCUUUCCCUCCGUUACGGUAUUAACCCGCACCAGAAGCCCGCCCAGAUCUUCACAACCCUGGAGAAGCUCCCCCUGACCGUGGUGAACGGUUCCCCAGGGUUCAUAAACCUGUGCGACGCCCUGAACGCCUAUCAACUGGUGAAAGAGCUGAGAGGUGCCUUGAAUCUUCCAGCGGCGACUUCCUUCAAGCACGUCAGCCCGGCCGGAGCAGCUGUGGGGGUCCCCCUGGACCCAGUGCAGGCGAAGCUCUGUCAAGUCGACGAUCUCCUGGAGCAGCUGACGCCCCUGGCCACUGCCUACGCAAGAGCCAGAGGAGCAGACCGAAUGUCCAGCUUCGGGGAUUUCGUGGCACUCUCAGACACCUGCGACGUUCCCACAGCUAAAAUCAUCUCCAGGGAGGUCUCUGACGGGAUCAUUGCGCCUGGCUACACCCCAGAGGCCCUCGAGAUCCUCAGGAAGAAGAAGAAUGGAGGCUACUGCGUCCUCCAGAUGGAUCCUGACUACGUUCCCACUCCAGUGGAACGCAAGACCCUCUUUGGACUGACGAUGGAACAGCCCAGGAACAGUGCAGUUGUCAAUGACAACACCUUCAGUAAUCUUGUCAGUAACAACAAGGAGCUGACUGACGCUGGGCGCAGGGAUCUCAUCGUCGCGAUGAUCGCAGUCAAGUACACCCAGAGCAACUCUGUGUGCUAUGCCAAGGAUGGACAGACCAUUGGCAUCGGCGCUGGACAGCAGUCCAGGAUACACUGCACCAGGUUGGCCGGGGACAAGGCUGACAACUGGUGGCUCAGGCAACACCCCAAGGUCACGGGAAUGAAGUUCAAGAAGGGGGUCAAGAGGGCGGAGAUCUCCAAUGCCAUCGAUAAUUAUGUCAAUGGGUCGGUGGGGAAGGACAUGGACAGGAAGCAGUGGGAGGCGUUCUACGAGGUGGUGCCCGAGAUGCUGACGGAUGAAGAAAGGCACAAGUGGGUCAAGAAGUUGGAGGGAGUCGCCAUUGGAAGCGAUGCCUUCUUCCCGUUCAGGGAUAAUGUCGACAGGGCUAGACUUAGUGGAGUGAAAUACAUCGCAAGUCCAGCAGGUUCCACCAACGAUCAUGUAGUCAUCGAGGCGUGCAACGAGCACAACAUCGUCCUGGCGUACACAGAGCACCGUUCCUUCCACCACUGAUCUAUACUCAUAAAUCCAAUCACAACUACUACCCAAUAAUGUAUAAUUUUGUACGGUUGUUUAUUUAUAACAACAUUUAUAUAUUCUGAAUUUGUUUUUAGACGUGGUACAAUUAUAAAAAUAUAACAUCGAACUUCGUGUAAAGCGUUUCUAAACAUUCUUAAAUAAUUUAUCAAAAGGAAUUGAAUUUACAAA